UCUUGGAGGCUGGCAGUGGCGGCGACGACGAUAACUUCUCGAGCGUUGCCCCGUUGUCCAGAGAGAAGCGCGGUGGGACGGGAGCGGAAGACCGGCUGCGGAUUGAGGCGCCCUUCCAGGGCUCGGAGAAAAAUAACUGGAAGUCUUUGAAGACAGAGUUGAUCACUGAACUUAUCCAGGUUGCAUAUUGAAGAACAUAGCAGAAAAUCUACAGAAGAUUUGGUCUGGUUUAAACCAAGUUGUGGCCAGCCGCCACUUGGAAACCUGUGUUCAGCUGUCACGCUCCAGCAUAGUUUACAGUAAAGAUACAGCCAGCAUGACUAACCAAGGAGAUGAUUGUUAUUUUUAUUUUUACUCCACAUGUGCCAAGGGAGAUAGUUGCCCAUUUCGUCACUGUGAAGCUGCCCUGGGGAAUGAAACUAUCUGCACUCUCUGGCAGGAAGGACGAUGCUUCAGGAGUGUAUGCCGGUUUAGACACAUGGAGAUUGACAAAAAGCGUAGUGAGAUUCCCUGCUAUUGGGAGAAUCAACCAGUGGGCUGUCAGAAGUUGAACUGUGCAUUCCACCACAACAAGGGACGCUUUGUUGAUGGGCUUUUUCUACCUCCGAGUAAAAAUGUUCUUCCAAAUGUGACUGAAUCUGUAGAGGAGGAUAUAAAGAUGGCACAAAUUUCGCUGCAGCAGAAUAAGCUUUCUGUCCAGUCCAAUCCAUCCCCCCAGCUGCGUGGGGUAAUGAAGGUGGAAAACUCUGAAAAUGUCCCCAGCCCUACUCAUCCACCUGUUGUAAUUAAUGCUGCGGAUGAUGAUGAAGAUGAUGAUGAUCAGUUAUCUGAAGAAGGUGAUGACUCUAAAAUGCCUGUUCAGCAAACCAAUGCAGAGACUCAUAAUGGAUUACGAGUAGUUUCCACUCGGAAAUCAGCGGUUAGCGCAAAAAAAGAUGAUAGUUUAAAUUUUGGAAUCAAAACUCUUGAAGAACUCAAGUCAAAAAAGCUGAAAGAAAAGUCAAAGAAGCAAGGCGACAACCCCCCUGAAGUUGCUCUCCAAGCCCAGACUCUCCCAGGCCCACAGAAGGAAAAUGUACGAACUGUGGUCAGAACAGUGACAUUAUCUACAAAGCAAGGAGAGGAGCCUCGUAUUCGGUUGACUCUUGCAGAGAGACUAGGAAAACGGAAAACUCCUAUAGUUGCCGAGAGUGGUCUUCCCUUAAAACGCAGCCUUGUUGAAAGACUGGGGAAAAAAAUAGACUCUUUAGGCAAUGCUGAGAAAACACCAAAGAGAGUACAAGUUCCCAGAUCUCUCAAAGAGAGGCUAGGCUUACCAGCUGAGCAGAACAAUAUGGAAUCAGAUGAAAUUCAUGUGAAAACACUUGAAGAGAUUCGCUUGGAGAAAACCAACCAAAGAAAAGGAGAAAUUCCACCCAAGGGUGAAGUUUCUUGUACAACAGAUGAUCCCAAUCCAGUGUCAAAAUCCUCCCCUCCGAUCAGGAUCAAAACCUUUUCUGAAAUCUUGGCUGAGAAGAAGCAGCGACAAUUGGAAGAGGAGAGGAUAAAAGCUGAAAAAGAGAGCCUUGGCAAACCAAAGCCUGACAGUGAGUCUCAGAAGCAGGGCUCUCUGGUUUCAGUUGUAUCCCAUAGAAGAAAACUGGAGGAGUCUUCUGGCAAAGCCAAGGACUUCAAUGAGGUGCGCAUCAAAACACUGGAAGAAAUUAAGCAAGAGAAGGCUCUCCGCAUGCAGCAGAGUGGGGAAAACGUCUCUGGGAAAAGAUUGCUCUGCAUUACAAAGCCAACAGCCCCUGGAAGGGAAGAAAAGAAGCUUCUGGAGCUGAAGACCUCUACCAGAACGUCCUUAGCAGAUGCCCCUGCAAAGCCUUUGGAUUGCAGUGCCAGCAAUUCACAUUCUAAGGUCUAUGUGAAGAGCUUAGAAGAGAUAAGGAAGGAAAAGCAACGGAUAAAACAGCAACAGGAGAGGAACCCCCUUGAGGAACAAGUGACCGUACCACCUACCGGGGAAGAACAAGCAGCAGGGAAGGCCCCGGUGACUACGAGUCUGGAGUCCCCAGUGACAAAAGAAAAAAUCCGUCCCGUCACAAAGAAAUUGUCGGUGAGGUCCCAGGAAGCAAUGCCAGACGAUGCGGGACCAGAAGAUUUGGGCCUUUCCACUCACCCUAUGGAACACAGAGCUAAAGCCAAACCGAAGGUGAACAUGAAGCCAUCUGGAGUGAAACCCGCAUCUCCAGCAAAGCAGGUAUUGAAGAGGAAAGCAUCAGAGUGUCACCCCACUGCUAUUGCAGCAGUGAAACCUCUGAGCCCCUCCCCAAACACAAGCAUGAAGGAGCUCCCGUCAGAAGACACAGCUGUGGCAAGUGCUCCAGGCUUUGUGGAGGAUGCUGUAGCCACUGUUUCUGAGGAGGAGAGUUGUAAAAUCAGAUCUGAGCCGUACGUGGAUAACCAGGAAGCCUCCACAUUGCAGGCUGAGACAGUAAGCCCAACUUCUUCCCAUGCAGCAGUGAAGAUACGCAGGCUGAGCUCAACAGGAGCUGGGAAGCCACCCUCCUCAGUUGAAGAUGACUUUGAGAAGCUGAUCUGGGAAAUCUCAGGAGGCAAACUGGAAGCAGAGAUUGAUCUGGAUCCUGGAAAAGAUGAGGAUGACCUCCUGCUAGAACUUUCUGAAAUGAUUGACAGUUGAUUCUUGCACAUAGUUUCUUUCUUUUGAAAGAAAACUGAAGAUGUAUAUUUUGUUAGAUAACUGAGACUACCCCUUUCUAGCUGAGGAAGUGUAACAAGUCUUAAAGCACACUUGAACUGGUGUUCAAUUGGCAGUAGCUGUAUAAAAUUGUCCUGAAUUGCCCUGCUGGUCAGAUGGAUGUCCUUUCAAAACUCUCCACUUACCAUGAUGCCCACUUGUGAAACAAAACCACGCAUGUUUCAACAUGGGAAGAUCCAGUGUCAUUCAUAAUCCCACAAAGGCCCCAUUUGCAUCGCCAACUCCGUGAUCUUCAAGAAGAUUUUUUUAUUUGUUUUCCACCCAUGUGUGCAAAGCUGUUUGUCCAUGCAUUUCAAAGCUUCCUCUUGCUUUGUGGUUUUUAAGGUAUUAAUUCUGGAGUUACUAUGUCAACUCUUGAGUUAUUAUAAUUUUUUUAUUUGAUCCAAGGUCAGCAGUGCAGUUUAAAGUGAUAGGGAGCAUGGACAGUAAGUAAUUUUGGACCAAACAUGCUGCCAAAGUAUAGGUAGGGAUUUGUUCCCUCUUAGUAUUGAAAAUGAAGCAGUAUGUUCAAAUAAAAUACUGAAAAGUAUUUUAUGCUUCCCAGUCAUUCUGUACCAGCUGGAGUGCUUCCCACUGGUAAGCAUAAAUUCAUAGAAGUCCCUGUCAUUAUCCCUUCAGCAAGUUGUGAGAGCAUGCAAAAUUAUUCUCAGGUUCUCUUCUCUUGUCCUACUCUGAGAACUGGAUGGCUCACUGUGCUGGCAUUGCUUGGGUUAUCUUUAGCAAAGCUCUGGAAUGCUGUUCUCUCACAGUUGGAGGUCUUGUUCCUGCAUAGGCAACCUCCCCAGCCAAAUCUGUACAGUGGUCCUGAAAUUUGCCCACCUCUGAACUUUCUUGGCACUCAGUGACCAAGUAUUUGUGUGAUUUGCAUUUGCAGACUUUUUGUGAGCACUUCAGGGCACCUUUUUGCAAACUCAUGUGUAUUGUGUACCCUGUAGUUUCUGUUCAUUCUUGUAUCUAUGUUUUUACAACCGUUACCCUUCUUAUUGCUAUAUUUUAAGUAGUCCAAACUUUCUACCUUAAUUUAUAUAAUGGUUUUGGGAUGGGAUACAAAUUGCAUUUUUGGUUGUGUUCUUAGCACCUCCUCCUGAGCGUUACCUAUUGUAAAUAUAUUAAUUUCUUCAGGGAAAAACCUGCGCUCUGCAAAUUCACUUCAAAGCUUUGCAUCUAGAAGUGAAGGUUGGG